AUGACGGCAAGUACGGACCUGAUGGGUGCUUCCGUAGUAGAGGCACCAUCCACAGGAAAGGGCAAGGCCACUGCAUCACAGAAGUCGCUUCCAAAUAGCCCAGAGGUUCCCACCGAAGAAGACAAAGACGACGUGGAAGCUUCAGAUAUCGACGAGACCACGCUCCAGGAGUCAAAAAGUGAGCCCGAAGGACCGACCUUCACCUCAACAAAAUGCCUGUUCUGCAACACCGCCUCUCCAGACUUCGAGUCCAAUCUGUCCCACAUGAGCAAGAAGCACUCCUUCUUCAUCCCCUCAGCCAUAGACAACAACUCCCUCACGCUCGCGGUCGACCUGGAGACCCUGGUGCAGUACAUGCACCUCGUGAUAUCGACCUACCACGAGUGUCUCUUCUGCCACACGCAGAGACAGAGCGCGCACGCCGUGCAGCAGCACAUGAUGGGCAAGGGCCACUGUCGAGUCGAUCUGGAGGACGAUGAGAGCGAGUUCCGGGACUUUUACGAGGACCUCGGGGACGGAAGCGAUGGCAGCUCCACCGAGGACGGGCUUGGCUCCGAGGACGAGGUGGAAGCAGCACCGGCAUCGAGCAGGGGGACGAGUGGUGCGCCCCUGAGGCUGAGGGAUAAAAGCCUCCUCCUUUCCUCGGGCAAGCUCCUCUCCCAUCGCUCAGCGCAGCUUCCGAAAUACCACCGCCCUCUCUCCGAGACGCCAAAGCCCACCCGCCGUGGCGCGGACCAGGCCCUUCUGGGAUCGGAUCCACUGUCCAAUUUCACACAAUCGGCUGCACCCAACGAAGACGGCAUCGACCCAUCGGUGUCCCCAGCGGAGCCCUCUGCGGACACAAGCCGGGCCCUGACCCGUCUGGAGCGCCGCGCAGAGACCAACAGCCGCUCGACGCUCUCGGUCGCGCUGGCAAAGAUGUCGCUCAACGACCGCACCGCCCUGGCGCACCUGCCGCCAGCAGAGCAGCGGGCCUUCGUGGUGCGACAGUUCAAGCAGCAGGAUAAGGCGCGGCAGCAGUCGCGCAGUUAUUGGAGCAGAAUGGAACGCAAGAAUAACAGCGUGCUGAUGAAGCACUUCGUUUCGGAUGUGCCGGGCCCGAAGUUGGGCUGA